UUUUCUGAAGCAAAGUUGAAGUGUGGACUGAUUGUGUCCCGAGUGUCUUCACCACAAGCACUUUCCCUGAGAGAGAAGAAAAAUGCCUUCUAACAAAUCCGUGUCUGACGCUCCCAUCACGCAGUUCAUCAACUGUAGAAUUCUCAGAAAGCACAAGCUACAAAGAGAGGACCUGUGGGAGCGUGAAGGAAGGAUCUUGGAUCCUGAGAAGCUGUUCUUUGAUGAGCAGGGUUAUGCUGACCACCGUGUGGACUGUCAAGGCAGCAUUAUCUCCCCUGGGUUCAUCGAUGUCCAGAUCAAUGGAGGAUACGGCAUCGACUUCUCUCAGGCCUCUGACAAUGUAAGGGAAGGGGUUUCUUUUGUGGCCAAGAAGAUCCUGGAACACGGUGUAACAUCGUUUUGUCCCACUCUUGUCACCUCUCCUCCUGCUGUGUACCACAAGGUUCUGCCCACAGUUACGGUCCACAAUGGAGGACAGCAUGGAGCAGGCGUUCUCGGUUUGCAUUUGGAGGGCCCAUUCAUUAGUAAGGAAAAGAAAGGAGCCCACCCAGAGCAGUAUCUCCGUACCUUUCAAAGUGGGGACAUACAGGAUGUGAUGGAGGUGUAUGGCAACCUUGACAACGUUGCUAUGGUGACCCUGGCUCCUGAGCUGGAAAACAGCCAUUCCAUUAUCAGGGAACUCUGCAGGAGGGGCAUCACUGUGUCUUUAGGUCACUCAGUGGCCAACCUGAGUCAAGCUGAAGAGGCCGUGAAGCAUGGAGCUUCCUUCAUCACUCACCUCUUCAACGCCAUGCUGCCCUUCCACCAUCGAGACCCUGGUAUUGUGGGUCUGCUCACCAGUGACCAGGUCCCUGCAGGCAGAACCGUCUACUAUGGAAUGAUAGCUGAUGGAAUUCACACCAAUCCUGCAGCCCUACGUAUUGCGCACAGAGCGCACCCCUCAGGUCUGGUGGUGGUGACGGACGCGGUCCCUGCAAUGGGCCUGUCUCCUGGUCUCCACACUCUGGGGCAGCAGGUCAUCGAGAUCCAGGGUCUCCGUGCUUAUGUGGCAGGCACAAAGACACUCAGUGGAAGCAUUGCCACGAUGGAUAUGUGUGUGCGCCACUUCAGGCAAGCGUCAGGCUGUAGUACAGAAGAAGCUCUGGAAGCUGCUUCCCUCCAUCCUGCUGAACUUUUGGGUAUCAGUCACAAGAAGGGGACCUUGAAUUACGGCUCAGAUGCGGAUCUGGUUGUUCUCGAUGAUGACCUCAACAUCAAAGCCACCUACAUAUCUGGAGAGGAGGUCUGGAGAAGAGGACCUUAGAGCAGGAAGUGAGACCUGCUUCAACUCUCUGAACCGUCACGUAGUUCAGCUUCCUGUGGUUUCUGCGGAGCUGCAGAUCCUUUAUGUCCAUGAAGCAGUACAGUUUAUUAUCUUGUGGUACAUUCUUUAAUUUUUUUCUCCAUCCUGAUGUUAGCAGUUGAGCCUCGUGCUAACAGUUUUAGGAGAAGGAUUUUGGGAUGGUGAUCAUUCUGAGGUCCGCUGCUCUGCUCCAGAGUCAGGCAUCUCCACAAGUGUGGGAUCUUUUGUUUUGAACACAUUUUGAACUUGUCCAUUGUGUCUGGAGGAUUUUAAAAAGUGCUUUGCUCAGACUCUCACAAAAUACAAUUAUU